UACGCCCGGCCUGUGGCCGCCUGUUCGGCCGUGCCCCGGAUGUGGCUUCUGCCCGGGAAAAUGGCGGCGCAGGGGUGGGCGGAGGCAGUGUGGUAGCGCCCGGUGCCGGUGCCAUCCCCGCCAUGGCGGACCUGGGCCGGCAACUGCACGAGUACCUCGCGCAGUCCAAGGCUGCUACUGCUACCGGCCCCAGCGCGGUCCCCGCACCGCCGGCCGCCGGCGGCUCGCAGGAGGAGGCGGGGGACCGCGGCGGGCUGCGGGCCUGGCUGGGAGCGCUGAACCCGUUCCCGUCGGGCACUCCCCCGGGCGCUCCGGUGUGGCCUUGGGCGGGAGAGGAGGACCCGUGGCUGUUUGGGCUGUCGCGCUGGCAGCGGCUGGCGGGCAGUGGGCUGUGCGUGCUUCUGGCCGCGCUGUGCUUCGGGCUGGCUGGGCUGUGCGUGCCGCUGCUGCUGCUGCGCGCCCGCAAGUUCGCGCUGCUCUGGUCACUCGGCUCGCUCUGUGCGCUGGGCGCUGCCGCGCUCCUGCGCGGGCCCGCCCGGCUGCUGCGGGAGCCCGGCCGCGGCGCGCUGCUGUACCUCGGGGCGCUCUUCGGGACGCUGUACGCCGCGCUGGCGCUGCGCAGCACCGCGCUGACGGCGCUGGGCGCCGCCGCGCAGCUCGGCAUCGCCGCCGCCGCACUCCUGGCCGCGCUGCCCGGCGGUGCCGCCGGCCUGCGCCGCCUGGCCGGGCUGCUCCGCGCCGCGGUGUGCGGCCGAGGCAAGACACUACCCCUGUGAGACCGGCCUGGGCUCCGCGGUGAGCCUGGCUCUGCGGCCGCACCGGGGGAGGACCGGCCGCGUCCCCGGGGGAGUCCCUCGCACACGGACUGAGAGCCUCGCGCUGUAGCCAGCCGACUCCGAGACGGGGGACGCCGCUUCUCUUCGCUUCCUCCGCGGCCCGUCGCGUUUUUCUCGCCAGUGCUCGAGCAGCAGCAGCAGCAGCGGCCGGGCAGCGCGGAGCGGCCGCGGUGACUCCGAGCUGAACGUGGCCGUGUGCGGGUGUCAGCCUGCCGAGCCGCCCCCGAGCUCGUUAUUUGCCUUGCCGCACUGUCGGCUCCAUUGCCGUGCUGUCGCAUCGCUCCACCUCUGGGAGGGAGCUGGCAGCAUCCUACUCGCUACCUCCAGGAUGGGACCAUGUGGCUGCUGCAGCAGCUGCUUCAGACCGUGAGAUCGGAGGCGAUGCGGUGUAAUUAUGGACUCGGCCGUUACGGAGGAGCAGCUGAGGUGCGCAAGGCUGACGGAUGCUGAAACACGAAGAUGAUUUAGCAAAAUGUGAUCGAGUCUGGGGGAGAACAUUCAAAAAUUAACUGGUAUUACCUCAUUUUUGUGCUGACCCCUACACUAUGAACACACACUGGUUUUGCUGUCACCUCAAACCAGUGGUGAAUAUGAAGACUGUGGCCACUGACCUGCAUUUCUCUCUAAAAAGCAGCUUUAAAAUAACCAUCCAGUAAGUGAAACAAACUUUCCUGGGGCUGUGGGUCACAAACACUGCCCAUAAUUAUAAGGGGAGGGGGUGUUCCUGCAUGAUGAUGAGAGGAUGCAAGGUGCUAAUGUUAGUUAAGAGCAUUGGCAUUGGCAGGUACUGCUGCCUUACAGCUGCUGUAAGGGACCAAAUCCUCGGGCUUUAAAAGGGUAGAACCUUACUUUUGUGUAUACAUAUUGCUCUCUGAACUUGGGCAGGAGUUGCUUACUUGUCACAGCCUGACCUUCAAAAAUAGAUUUGCAAGUAACUGGAGCUCUGCUUCAGUGCAGAAGCUGAGCUGCCUUACGAGGGUGCUGAAUUCAGACUGACAGAGCUGGGUGCUCCAGUUUGGGCCAUGUGCUGGACUGCUGCAAGGAAAUGGGACAACAGGGCCUCACCUGCACAGAGCCCCAAGUGAGUAUCUCACUGAGCAUUUGUGCCUCACGGAGAAAAUAAAGCCACUGCAAUACUUACCUGUUAUAACUAUUUAGUUUUAACAUAUUCACCAAAUACUUUCCUGAAUGAAACCGAAAUUGUUAAAGGGGGUACUUUAAGUGUACAUAGAUUGCUUUAAUAAAACUAUUUGUGUCCACUUGUCAGUAUAGAUAUUUCACUAAUGGUCACGUUUUUCCAUUAAGAAUGUAGGUCAGAGCUAUCAGAAUAGCAUUAAAUUAGCUCUCUUCUUUUUACAAUUUCUAAGUUACAGUAUUUAAAAUUAAUUUUAUUCAUAAGAGCAGAAUAAAAUUAAAUCUGAGACAGCCUCUAAACUGACAGGUAGAGCAUAAGACCCUAUGUGCAGCACUGGUAAAAGAACAUGACCUGAGGAAUACAGAAGUAUAUUCCCAUUAAAUAAUUGUGCCCAUUUGCCAGCAAUAGUGGGUAUCAUGGUAUCACAGACCAUGGUAUCACAGGGAAGCUGCUUCUGUCUCUUCUGCUAUGCUGUUACCUUCUAAGAUUAUCAGAUCUUCUUAGGACUUUUUGAGCAUAUGAUUGUGAAAUACUUCAAAACUCCAUUUAAAAAGCUGUCCCUUGAAGAAUAUUACUUAACACCAAGUACCAUAAUAGUUUAAGGAAUUAACCAAUCAUCAGAGGAAAUACAAGUUGUCUAGAUAAAGUUGCGUUUUCUCUUGCUAGGUACACUCAACUUGUUUUGGUAGCGGACUGUGGUUUAAUUAAAGCCUAAAGCUCAUCCUCUAACUCAUAUAUUCUAAGUAUUAGACCUCUUUUAGCCCCUUAAACAUAUAUAGGGCUUGCUAAAAAAAAAAGAGGGCAAGCUUUCCUCUUUGCCAAUGAUUAAAUCAUUAGUAUUUAUCAUGAAAACUUCAGGACAAAUCCUAACUCCCAGGCAUACACCCAAAGUCCCUCAGAUAGAGCUAAAGAGCAUUGUUUUCUCAAGGGAGAAAAGUGUGUCAUACCAGAUGCAUCUCAGCUGUUUCUAGUUAAUUCCUUUAAGACCAUUCUGUCUCUCUGGAGCCCCAUGGCAAGGAUUUUAUAGGCUAAUGAUCUGUUACAAUUUUCAAAUUAAAAACUAAGUAACAAACUGUACUUGUGACUGACUGAACCAAGAGAAAAAUUUAAGCGUCUGUGCUUUGAUGUCUUUAAGUAAGAUGGGACAUCAGGACUUGACCCAGUCUUUGAGCCAGUCUUUGGUAAACCUGACUGUGUGAGAAGAUUCAACAGCUGCCAUGUGUUCCUGGGUUGCAGGAGCCUCUAGAACUACAUCGUCUCGUCCUGAUUAUAACCUGAAAUUCAAGGCAGGAGAGAGGGAAGCCUGGUAGUCAUUUUUCAUUAUACAUUAUAUGCUCUACUUUUAAUACAGGACCUUCCUGAGAGGUAUCUGUAGAAAAGGUACUUACGUGAUAAGAUUUUCACUGAGGCUUUAGGUAUUAAAGGAGCCUUUUGGUAACAUAGUGGCUGGAGGUGAAUAAUAUGAAUGAUUUAUGGGGAAAACAAACUCAUGGUUCGUAAGCAGCUUUAUUAUGAAAUGUGGGAAAUGGGAAUAACCCCUCCUCCUCAUUUCCCUCCUUUAGUAAAACCAGGUAACAAUAUCCUAAAGAAAAAGACACUUUAAAAAAUGUUAUUAUGGAAGCAGUGAAUUGCACUUCAGCAAUUAAUGCACCAGACUCUGCUGAACACCCAUAGCUUUAAACAAUGUGUCACACAGCUGCUGUAAAACAUACCAAUCAAGCUGCUGAACUUUCCUCCUCAAUUUCUAUAAACAGAUGCUGUUUUGAACAAAAAUCCGGGACUUGCCUAGGUGAAGUGUAGAACAAUAUUUGCCGUGAUGUCUGUCUUGUGAUCCAGGUUAUGCAACUCACACUAUGUCUUUGACAACUUGUUCUAAAAGCUGUUCCACUUUUUCUGUUUCAGGAUGGCAGACUAGCAAGCAGCGGUGAUUGCCUGCAUUUCGGAAUUUUAACGUCAGCACCAUUGUAUUCGGUAGACAGCUGUGGCCAAAGGUGAAAAUGAAACUUCUCUAUACAUGAUAAACCAAAACUAGGAAUCGGCUCUCAGUAUUUUAAAUGGCUGAGAUUUCAGGAGGUAGUAGUGUUGCUCCAUCUGAAAUGCAACUUUGCCUAAAUACAACCCUCUAUAGUAAUAGGUGAGUAAAGAAUCACACACUGUUGAUUUUUUGUUAAUUUUUGCGCAAAUUACAUUCUGUAUUCAUACAAAACCAACGUAACUCUUUGACAAACUGUACAUAUAGAAACAAGUUUCUGUCUGGAGGUGAACUGAAAUCUGUGGAGAUGCUCCAUGUUCCACAAUACUUAAAAAGAAAUUCCAGCUCUUGACAAAACAAGAAAGUGAGGGAAAUGGGAGGGGAAAGAACAAAACAAAGCUAGCUACAAUACUGCAGCUAGAGGCAAAUGACUGAUUUAGGAAAAGAAAGACCCUUGUUAGGAACUAAUGCACAUUCAGUUAUCCCAGUUAAGAAUCCAGGUUCGUGGCAUUGCAGGUGACUGAGUCCAGAGUAGCAGUCUAUUUAAAUAUUGUCCCACAAGGACUGGGCAUGACCCAGUCAAAGCCUCUUCUAUCGGCCUCUUCCACCCCGAGAUCCUCCUCUCCGUGACUGGCCAGAGUUCAUGUUAUUUCCUCUUCCCCAAUUACUGCCGCUCCUUCCUCCUCGAGAGGGGUUAUUGACUCCCCCGGGGCCUCCUCCAAAGGCUUCAUCCCUGUGGAAUCCAUCGUGGUGGUCUCCAUCCAGAGAACUGGACCUCCCAGAUUUUGGCGCUCUCUGUGAAGGUCCUGAAUUUCCUCGUCCUACAAAGGAAGCACAACCAGUUACUGGUGUCAGUCUGAGCCGUGUCCCUUCUCAGACACGCCGUGUAUUGAGCUGGUUCUGCUGUGGUGUUACCAUUCACAAACCAGCUGUAGCUGAGACCUGCAAUUUUAUACCUCCUCCCUCAAUACAAUUUUCUUACACAGAUUUAGUGUCUCCAUUACAGUUCAGAAGACAGACAACAAUCAAGCCAUUCCUUGGGAAUUAAAGGAGCUUACAAUUGAUACCGUCAGCAGUCACUGGACUGAAAUCAGAAUAGUGAUAGCUUGUUCUCCACACUGCCAGUUCUUGUCCUUUAAGAGCCACUAUCUGUGGUUCUCUCUGUUUUUAUUGCAUAAUACUUUUUUUUAAUCCUAAACAACAACAUUGCACUGUUGACAGAUUGAUACAGUUGAAGCUGAUGGUGAAGAUCAUGAGUUACAUUACUGUUUCAUUCCAUUUUUUGCUAAAAAUAAUGGAAAAAUGCUUUAUUUUACUACUAACCAGGAACAAAAACUACUCAAGCUCUUACUGCCAGGAAUAGAAUUUCCUAAUUCUCACAUACCUUUUUGGUUUUGAUAUGUAAAAGAACAUUAAAAAAAACCCAACCCAAUUCAUUAGCCUAAAAUGAGAAGCAGUAUUUUGAAAAAAACAAAAUCAGUGGUAACCUUGUUUUAUGGACACAUACUACAGCUAAAUUCAGAUAUUUUUGCUGCACUUUAGCAAGAGUGAUUUUUGUUGACUUUGGUUGGUUCCAUGUAAAACAGUCACCAAAUUGUUUCACAGAAACAUUAAUGAAGUUUUAAUCUUCGAAUGACUUUACCAAUACAACUGAAGGUGACAUAGCCCACAUAUGAAAAAGUAUUGUUCAUUGUUUGUUUAUCAGGCUUUCUGCCAUCAUUCUAAACUUUGUUUAGCACAUGAUGAGUUAAUUACCACACUUCUUGUGCCUGGACAACCAUUGUUUUGACUUCAAUAAAGAAUCUGAGAGAGUUAUCACAAUCAUUACUGAAGCUGGAGAAGGAAUCCUUACAGAUUUGAUAGAUGCUGGCUAAAUUGAGAAAUACAGCAGAUGGAUAUGGAAGGAAAAAUACUGGUAGAGAAGUUUAUCAGCAGAGUUUUAUUCAAAACAUCAGUGAAGGAAUGAUAAAACCUGCUGUUAAUGCUACACUGGGAACAGAGUCCACACAGAGGAGGAGUGACAUGGAGUUAAAACUGAAUGAGCUUCAGAACAAUGGUAAGGGAAGUGGGAUGGGAUUCAGUGGCAUCAGAGACAAAGCUGUGCAGUCUAACUGCAGGCUGCCAGCUCAGCAUCUGGAAGCAAAUGAGAAGGACCUUUGUCACUGGUCACUACCUGACAGUGGGUAGUCAAUGUGAGGACAUUAAAGAAAGACAAUAUUUACAAAAGAGAACAGAAGUCCUGAGAUUUGUAAGAAAUAGGAUCAAGAACUGGUGUGACACUAGUAGGACGGUGGAAGUGCCAUACCCAGCAAAAGGCUCUGAACCAGCUACUGACUCCAAAAGAAUGUGUUUUGUGGGUUACAGUAGCAUGUGACCACUUAGAGGAAACUGUAACACCUGGAACUAUUGGGAAAGAAUGGAGAAAGUGGAACAAAUCCAAGAGAACUGUAGAAAUCCAUGGUUACACCAUAUCUUAAAUAGUGUGUGCAAUUCCUAGUUACCUCAUUUAAUUUAGGAAAGGAUAAUUUAAAACUCAAAAUAGCACAUACAGAGUAACAAGGAUAGUGAAAGAUACAACUUCUAGAAAGAAUAAAUAGAUCAGAGCUCUGACUUGGAGAAGAGCUGGUUCAGGCUGGAAGUGGUGGAGUUCAGUGCAAUCAGAGUGGCAUUCAGAAAUAACAGGAACCAACAUUCAAUUUAAUUACAACACAAGACAUCAAGUUAAAUUAGUGAAUGAUAAGCAUAAAUCAAGAGAAAAACUUUUUCCCUCCUUGUUUUUUAAAGCAUAGUCUACUGCAAUUAAGUUUUAGAGGUCUGUCCAUGGAUGUUGUGUAUAUCAGAAGUCUAUAUGAGUCUUAAAGCAAUUAGAGAAGUACACAAAAGGUAACUAAAAAGCCAUUAAAUAUAAAAAUAAUAUUUUAGCAAGGUCCCAAACUACAGAUCUUCAUAGGUUUAGAGAACUCUUCAGAGACAUAUCACUACACAGGAUCAAUGUUCUUCUAUUUGAGUUAAAGGAUAACAUCACAAGCAUGAAUAUUAACAAGUAACUAUUCUGAAAAUGAGAAAAAAAAUGGUCUUAAUGAGUUUUCCAGCUGGAGUAACAGGGAAGCAAAAACUAACUGCUUUUGAACAGGUCAGUAAAGAAGGGGAUUCUGUUACACUGGAGACAAGAUUUGGAUUUGGUGUUCAAAAAUCCCUCUGUUCUUAUGUUCCUGUAAGACUGGUCUUUAACUUCCCAGCUGGUAAAACCAGAUAUUUACCAGCUCAGCUUUAGCCCUUCUGAACAGAGAAGUUCUGGAUAAACCUAAUGCUGAAAACACAUGCCAGUGUUACUUAAGGGUUUCAAUCAAAGGGGCUUUUUACCUUUGCCCCUCUCCUCUGGAGGUCCACCUGGAGCAUCCAUGUCUCUGUGGUCAGAGGUUCCCGGUCCAUCGUGCCAGGGACGUUUCCGUGGUGGCAGUGAGGCCAUGUCCAUGCCCUGGAGUGAAGAAGAACGUUCUCUGUUGGCUGGAGAGUGCCCAUCGUGAGGAGGGUGAUCUGGACGAGGACCUGUGGAUGAAAACAAAGGAUAAGUAAUGUUCAUUGGAUCAUUAUUCCUCAUUUUUGGAGGCAGCCACAUAAAUUUACAAACUGCCCACACUAUUUGGCACCCAUUUUGAAGUUAAAAUUAUGUAAAGCUUCUCCUCCAUCCCAUUUUUUAGUAAAAAAGCUAAAGGUAAAACAGAUUUUAAAGAUGAUGGGAAAGAAAAGUGUGGCAGAUGUAAAGUGUUCUUUUCAGUAUAAAAUACUUUCAUAUAUUUUACAGACAAUCACAUCUUCAUUUUUUCAUGUGUUGUUUGUGCUUUUUUUUCCAUUCUACAGCUCUGUCUUGCCCCAUAUGGGGUUGCCUCUAGUAACACAAAUGCUGAUAUAAGCUGUCAGACAUUACAGCUGAAAAGAUACCAACCAAGAGAAGGAUUACUGUUGGCAUUAAUAUACUUCUUAAAAAAACCCCCAUGACAUGUGAUUCAGUCAUCCAGAGGUGACAACUGCCCGGGCAGUUCAGGACUGUACAAGAACGCUACUGAAAAUCAAGGCUUUGAGGCCACAAUCCCUUUUGUUCAGUAGGACAGUUGUAUUUAGAGCCAGGAUUCUGGUUUCCGCCCUCCUUCAAAGCGUGGAAAUUCAUCUGGAGUAGGAAGCAAACCCUUCCGAGCUCCUGAGCAGUAAGAGAAGCAGGGAACAGGAGUGAGAAGAGACAUUGUAUUCAUGAAAAUAAUGUCAUCUGCCCAAGAAAUGCCUUUCCUUCCUCAUCCUUGCAUUUCCGUGUGGAAGACCGGUCCCCUCACCUCUUAGAGCACCUCGACCUCGCCCCCGAGCACCAUGGUCCCUUCCUCUGGAGUUUUCAUCUGGAGAGUCAAAAGCAUCAUCUGGCCCAAAAUCUUCAGGGCCAGGAAAGCCAUCUCUGCCCCUGGGUCCCCGGCCCUCGUGUCUCGAGGGUCCUCCUCUUCGGAAGCUACAAGAAAGAACAUGAUACAAAUGUGGUUUUUAGGCAUAAUUGAGUCAGUUUCAGUUUAAUUAUCAACUAAUUUCUGAACUGUUCCACUUAAUGCUGCAGCACAUACAGUUACUAGAACAGGAUUUGUAGGUGGGAAAGUGCUCAUUUCUGCCUUUGAGCACUUUGAUAGUAAGCUUUGUAAUUUUCCUCUCAUAUUUCCUUCCACUGAUUAUGUUGGCUUUUCAUACAAGAAAAAGAUUGUUAAACAUACUGCAUUCAUUUAAUGAAAAGGUGGGAAAAACAAUUGAUGAGUGAUGAUAGAUAUAAGGUGCGGUAAGGCAAGGAAAAGUAUAAGUGAAUUCCCCUUAACUCUGAUGGUCUUACAUUCCCCUUCUCUUUUUUCCCAUUCCAUUUCCAUGAUAAAACAAACUGAAAACAUA